UACAACAUCACACGCACACAAAUAUCAAAGUUACUUCUGAUUCCUCCUCUUGAUCUUUUCCAUGGCUGGUCCAGUUUCGGGUGAUGCAGAAGCGCAGUGCGCUGGAGAUACAAGCAGCAAGCGCGGUGGCUGGAUAACUUUUCCGUUCAUGAUUGCUACAAUGUUAGGUAUGUCCAUAGCUUCUUUCGGAUGGGUAAUGAACUUGAUCGUCUUCUUGAUCGAGGAAUUCAACAUCAAGAACAUCGCUGCUGCUAAGAUUUCAAACAUUGUCAAUGGAUGCCUCAACAUGUUGCCUGUUGUAGUAGCCAUUUUAGCUGAUUCUUUCCUUGGAAACAUUGUUGUCAUCUCGGUCUCUACUUUCAUCUCGCUGACUGGCAUUCUUCUCCUGACUCUGAUCGCAUCUUUGGACUUGUUGAAACCUAGACCGUGUGAAACGGGAUCAAUCCUAUGCCAGUCUCCAUCGGAACUCCAGCUUGGGAUCUUGUAUACAGCCUUAGAGCAUCUCCAACCCAUUGCUAUUUUCACCUCUAUAAUAGCAUUUAGAGGUGGGACACGGUUCACCUUGGCAUCCGCGGGUGCAAACCAAUACGAGAAACCUAAGGAUCAAGGAAGCUUCUUCAACUGGUACUUCCUCACACUAUAUGCUGGGGCUAUUACCGGCGCAACAGCGAUUGUAUACACACAGGACAAUGCUAGCUGGAAACUUGGGUUUGGCCUCUGCGCCGCUGCAAAUUUUGCAAGUUUCAGUUUCAUAUGCGGGAAGAGACUCUACAAGAAUGAGAAACCCAUGGGAAGUCCUUUCAAAAGCCUGAUCAGUGUUGUAGUCGCUGCUACAGUGAAAAGAAAAGCUGUGGUUUCAUCCAAAGAAGAAGACUAUCACCGUGGGCCUGGAGAAAAGGACAAGAUAUCUGGACUGCCCUCCAAAAGCUAUAGGUUCUUGAAUCGUGCAGCCUUGAAAACCGAAAACAAUUUAAAUCAUAGAGACGGCUCAGUUAACAACAUCUGGAGGUUAUGCUCUGUUCAGGAAGUAGAAGAUUUCAAAGCCAUUCUCCGACUUGUUCCUCUGUGGGUAGCGAUAAUAUUUCUUAGUACUCCAAUAGUGAUUCAAGCAAGCUUAAACGUGCUCCAAGCUUUAGUCACGGACCGUGGGAUUGGUCCUCAUUUCAAAGUCCCGGCUGGGUCCCUCCAAGUCAUAGUAAUGACCUCUGCAUCCACCUUUAUCAUAAUGAACAACUGGCUUGUCUAUCCCAUGUACCAGAAGUUAACCAAUAAGCGGCUAACACCGCUUCAAAAAGUCGGGAUAGGCCAGGUUCUCACCAUCCUAAGCAUGGUUGUCUCUGCAGUUGUGGAAGCAAAGAGGCUGAAAACUGUUGAAAACAACGGACAUCCCAUGUCAGUGCUAUGGCUGUUUCCUCCUAUAGUUAUAGUGGGAAUAGGCGAGGCCUUCCAUUUUCCGGGAAAUACUGAAUUGUUCUACAGAGAAUUCCCAGAGUCUCUGAGGAACACCGCAACUUCAUUGACCUCACUGGUGUUUGGAAUCUCUUACUAUCUGAGCACAGCUCUGAUAGAUCUGAUCCAAAGGACCACCAAGUGGUUACCAGAUGACAUUAACAGCGGAAGGGUUGACAAUGUUUACUGGGUUUUGGUCAUUGUGGGAGUCUUGAAUUUUGGAUAUUUUCUCGUCUGCUCUUGGUUCUACAGAUACAGAAAUCUCGAAGGUGACAAUGAACUAGAUCCCAAAGAUGUUUCAACCUAGUACAGACAACCUGUUUGCUUCAGUUUUCUCUAUUUUGUAGCAUGCUCCUGUUAACUUAUGUGUCUGUUGUUUGCAAGUGUGUUUUUGUUUAAUCAAACUGAUGUUUUAACUUUGUUGCAUUAUCCUUUUCUUCAUGUUUACUAUCGCUGAAUGUAACAGAG